AUGGGUAAAGACGGGGUAGCCUACGGCGAAGGGCUCUUCCAGUACAUGCUAGCCUUCAGCGCCUUCGCCGCCAUGGUGGCAUUCCUGACGCACGCCUUCAGCUUCCGGGUUACGGCACGAACCAUGAGCCAUUGGUGCCGUCCACCAGACCACCUUUCCAAUCUGAGCGACGUCACCUGGAAGGAGCUCGCCAUCCCCACCGACGAUAAGGGCGUUCGCAGCAGCUGCACGAUGCUCGACCCUCCCGACACCGGCGACCCGUCGGCCGUCCUCGUGCCGUGCUCGUCGUGGAACUUUGACCUGGAGGAGUACGGCAACACCAUCGUGAGCCAGUGGAGCCUCGUCUGCGACAGAACUUGGCUGGUCAUGCUCGCUGUAUCGCUGUACGCAGCCUCGCCCGUUGUCUGGCUACCGAUGGUCGGCAUCGCCGCCGACACGUUCGGCCGGAAGCUCGUCACCUACAUCUCGGUGCCCGUACUCGUAGUGGCCGCAACCGUUAGCAGCAUGACCAGGUCGUUCGCGCUCUUCGUCGUGUUGCGCGUUGUGGUCUCGGUGACGUCGACAUCUGUGCUUGUCCUCGUUUGCACAAUCCUCUACGAGGUGUCGUCUCCCGGACGACGGCUCGCCUACUGGCUCACCAGCUCGGCUCUGGCCUAUAUUAGCCUCCCGCUCUUCUUCGUCACGGCCAAUUCACUCAAGCUCAGCUGGGACAGCGUAUACCGCUUCCUCGGUGCACUGUCCUGCGUUCUCUUGGUCUUCUUCUACACAGUGGAUGAAUCACCCCGCUGGCUUCUCGUGAAGUGGAAGAUCCACGAGGCAGAGCGCGUCGCUCUGAGGGCUGCUCGACUCAAUGGCGCCCCGAUGCAAGAGUGCCUCGGUAAGCUCGACACGCGAGGAGCCGAACUACCCAAAGUCGAACCCGGACUAAAGGGCAAGAUUUUCACCAUUUGUGAGCCCAACUUGAGGACCCGCACUGCCCUGCUGUCCUUUGUUUGGUUCGUCUUCACCUGCACCUACAACGUGGUAAACCUAACUCGCAUAAUUGCACCGAACAUUUUAGUGUCCGUGAUCAAUGUUCUCUUAGUUGGCCCGGCACAGUUACUUUUGUACCCGUCCGUGCUCAUGCUCGGCGUCAAGCGCACGGCUGUCAUAAUCAGCGUCGCUUUCACUUUAUUCGCGCUAGCUAUCGCCUUGUUGUACAGGGAGGAGCAGACUCUUCUGUUAACGAUUCUGCUGGUGAUCAUGCGAGUCUUGAUUGAGAUGCUCUCCCUACUGAUAUCGAUAAUGUCGGUGGCGACCUUUCCGACCUCAACUCGCUGCUGGGGAGCAUGCGUGCUCUUUGCCGUCGGCCGCCUGGGAUCGUUUACAGGCCUCAUGUAUACCAAUUACGAAGGAGACCACAGGAAGGACAUCGUACUGUGCGUUAUAGCUGCCUUCAUGAUAUUCGUGUGCGGUGCGAUCGAGUGCAUGCCAGAAGACGCUGAUGAUCGUUCUUGGAAGGCGUUCACCGCCGGCAAUCGAAGUGGCGCGUCUUCGCGUUACUACGAGUAUUCGACGGAAAACCUGACACGAUGUCACGGAGGUUCCGUGUCGGUGGCGAGGAAGGAACUCUCUUCCACGUCAACGAGAGACCAGGACUUGUCACCACCCAAGACACGUGGCGAAAAUACGAUGCUGGUCUACAGGGAUCGAGCUUGCCAGCUGGGCCUCUCGCUGCUCGAAGGGUGGUCCGGACAUGCGUGGUAUCGAUGGACUCAGGCUAGCCGUGAGCCUGAGCUGUGGACUUGGGCCCACGGCGUCCUGGACUAG